GAGGAGUGGCCGAGACGUGGAUCUGUCGCCUAGCCGGCGUGAGGAGUAGCUGGUUAGCUAACUAGCUAGAUGGUGCUUCGCUUUUGCGGUACGCGGAACAGAGAUCGGUGAAGCCAAUAGUUAACGUUCAGAUAGUUAGUUAGUUAGUUAGAGUAGAUCCUGUGAGUUGCCAACAUGGCGCUGUACGAAUAUGUCACUCGGGACCAACUGUCGGGCUUCGACAAGUACAAGUACAGUGCGGUGGAUUCCAACCCCCUGUCAGUCUACGUCAUGCACCCCUUCUGGAACUCUGUUGUCAAGGUGAUGCCCAGAUGGUUAGCUCCUAACCUCAUCACCUUCACUGGUUUCAUGUUCCUGGUCUUCAACUUCCUCAUGCUGUCCUUCUACGACUACCACUUUGAUGCAUCCGCUGAAGGAUACACUCACGUGCCAAGCUGGGUUUGGGUCGCUGCAGGACUUUUCAACUUCCUGGCGUAUACACUGGGUGAGUACUGCUGUGUGUGUAGCGUGUGUGUGUACGCUAGGUAAGUUCUUUCAUUGGCGUCACAUGAAAAACUGUAACAAACGUGUAAUUGACUUGGCCAUAUGACACCCUUUUCAUUAUAAUCCAAAAAUGCAUUAGUUCAUGGACAUCAUCGAGGCAACAGAGGUUUUUAGAGCGGGA